AUGAGAAAGCAAAGUACGAGACAUUUCGUGGCUAACCAACGGCCGAGGUCCGGCUUGAUCCUGGGCAGUACGACGGCAGGCAAUGCUGCAUCGGCCGGCGGGCCGCGCACCUCCGGCGUGGCCGCGCUCAUGGCGGGCGCGGCGCGCGGCCGCGUGCCCGACGCGUGCGGAGCGAUAGUGACGGCCGGCUCAGCUGGUUCUACAGUCGGCCUGGCGGCAGCCGCACUCGCCCCGCAUAACACCAACGGCGCUCCCGGCACGCGGCACCGCUCGCACCGUCGCCGGAGCGCGCCAAAACCACCCGCGUGUUACCUAGCACGGCGCACGCCUGACACCGACCGGCCUCGCUCCCCGCUCUUAUCGAUCGCGAUGCCGCGUCUGCGCUCUCAAAUGUCCUGA